AUGACCCAGUCCCAUGUUCCGGAUACCUAUCGAGGUCCCCGACACCAGGGCGAAUAUGAUCGUCUGCGGACUCAGCAUGAUCUUGUGAAGGCCGCAAUGAAUGGGAAGCUCUUAUAUUGCCCUGCGGAUCUCACAAAGCCCGAUCUCCAUGUUCUAGACUCCGCCACCGCUGAAGGUACUUGGUUGAUCGAUCUGGCUCAAUCGGUUCCUUCAACUGCGACACUUUAUGGCACCGACAUCGCCCCCCAGCACUUUGUUCCAGAGAAUGAGCGGCCUUCAAACGUGCAUCUCUCCCCUCAUUCCAUUUUUGACGCUUGGCCCGCCGAGUUUCAAAACAGCUUUGACGUGGUGCAUCAGCGCUUUGUUCUGACCGUUGGCUCCAAUGAAACAGCUCAGGAGGCCGUGAAAUUGUUGUUUUCAUGUGUGAAGCCUGGGGGCUGGAUUGAAUUACAUGAAGGAAAUAUGCUUUCAAUUCAGGAGGGGCCUGAACAUGCCGCAUUCAUGAAGUUCCGCGAUAUUAUGGUCAACGCAUGGGCGGCCAUAGGAAAUCAGCCGAGCCCGGGAUCAUUCCUGGUACCCUGGCUAAAGAGUGCGGGAGCUGUUGAUAUUCAAGAAAGUGUCCAGACUAUCAAGGUUGGAGCUGCAUCAGAGAAUAAAGAACAAGGCGAAAGAGCUGUGACUGUUUUGCUCUAUCUUCUCGACGGAAUGAAAAAGAUGCUGUGUGGUAAGCCAGGCCAACCUGAUAGCAACGAUUUUGAUGAUCUUCGCAAGGAACUAGAGGUUGAGCUUCGCACUGUUGGGAACGUUUACUACUAUCAUCUUGCUUGGGCACAGAAAGCCCAGAAAGGCCCAGAGCCCCACAGGCUGUGA